AUCGCUGAACUUCGUGAUACAGCGUACAAAACAUUUUGUACACUUGCGGAUGUAGAUACCAGCACGUGGAUAUUAUAGAAGGAAUAUUUUGGGAAUAAAAUGUCUUUUUCAGAGUUAAAACUUUUUGAAAAACGAGCAAGUGCUGCGGAAGAAGAAAUCGAUUUUUUGAAGAAAGAAUUAAUAGAAAUCAAAAACAUUUUAGACACUGGUAAAGUACCGCUAAAAGAGGAAACUGCGAGUAAAGCUGAACUGGAGAGUGUUAAGAAAGAAAAUGAAAAACUCAAAAUGCAAAUCGACAUAUUAAAAAGAACACUUGGAGAACGUAAAUCCAAACACUUUGCCCUCGCUAGUAGUUUAUGUAAUACCGAUAACAUGGUCAGUAUAACUGUUACAUUAUACACACUAUUUGAAAAGGCAAUCAACGAAGCAUAUCCAGACGUAACCGAUCCACCAAUUAUAAUAGCACCUAGUAAUAAUUCAAAAUUUGGAGAUUACCAAUGUAAUAGUGCUCUUCCGCUUUGUAAGUUACUUUCAAGUACCAAUUUAGAAGGAAAACAGAGAAUUUUACCUAAAGAUGUUGCUGAAAAGAUAGUUUCUAAAGUAUCCAGUUCACCUUUGAUAGAAAAGUUAGAAGUUGCUGCAGCUGGAUUUAUAAACAUUUGUUUAAAACAUGAAUUUGCUCAAAUUGUACUUAAAAAUAUUUUAAAGAAUAAUAAAAUCUGCGCUCCGCCUAUAAUUCGAAAACGUAAAGUCAUUGUUGAUUUUUCAAGUCCAAACGUUGCAAAAGAGAUGCAUGUUGGUCAUUUACGUUCCACCAUUAUUGGAGAUAGCAUCUGUAGACUACUAGAAUUUUUAGGUCACAACGUUUUAAGGUUGAAUCAUAUUGGUGAUUGGGGAACACAAUUUGGAAUGUUAAUCGCUCAUUUGGAGGACAAAUUUCCAAACUACUCGACAGAAUCUCCUCCAAUUUCAGAUCUCCAAAGUUUUUAUAAAGAAUCCAAAAUUCGAUUUGAUAAUGAUGAAGAAUUUAAGAAAAGAGCUUAUGCAAAUGUUGUAAAAUUGCAAGCUUGUGAGCCUAAAAUUAUUCAAGCUUGGAAAUUAAUUUGUGAUGUUUCAAAACAAGAAUUCCAAAGUAUUUAUGAUAGAUUGAAUGUUAAUUUAAUCGAACGAGGUGAAUCGUAUUAUCAGAAGCAUAUGGAAAACUUGGUUAAAGAUUUAGAAACAAAACAAUUUUUAGAAGAGGAUGAUGGUCGUAAGAUAAUGUGGGGUGAAAAUAAAAAUGGAAUUCCACUAACUGUAAUUAAGCGAGAUGGAGGAUUUACUUACGAUACAUCAGAUUUAGCAGCACUUAAACAGCGAAUAAUGGAAGAAGGAGCUGAAUGGAUAAUAUAUGUCACAGACGGAGGUCAAGCAACCCACUUUCAAACAAUAAUAAGUUGUGCUAAAAGAGCAAAAAUAGUUUUAAGCUGCCAUAGAGUAGACCAUGUGGGUUUUGGAGUUGUACUUGGCGAAGAUAAGAAAAAAUUCAAAACUAGAUCUGGGGAUACAGUGAAGUUAAGCGAUUUGUUAGACGAAGGUCUUAAAAGAGCAGAGCAGAAAUUGAAAGAAAAAGAACGAGAUAAAGUUCUAACUGAACGGGAAUUUAACUUGGCCAAAGAAUCUAUUGCUUACGGUUGUAUAAAAUAUGCUGAUCUUUGUCACAAUAGAAAUCAUGAAUAUGUAUUUUCAUUUGAUAAGAUGCUUGAGGACAAGGGUAAUACCGCUGUAUAUUUACUCUAUGCUCUUACGAGAAUUCGUUCGAUAGCUAGAAUGGCAAACAUUACACGAGAUCAAAUAAAAGAGACUGUAGAUGUAACGCCUAUUUCAUUGGAUCAUCCGAAGGAGUGGCAGUUGGCAAAAGUAAUAUUGAAAUUUCCAGAUAUUGUAAUGAAAAUUGCAAAGGAUUUAUGUCUUCAUAGCUUGUGUGAAUUCUGUUAUGAGAUUGCCUGUACGUUUACUGAAUUCUAUGAUAAUUGCUAUUGCGUUGAAAAAAAUCAAACUGGAGAAAUAGUAAAAGUAAAUAUGGGCCGUAUAUUAUUAACUGAAGCGACUGCGAUGAUGUUGGAGAAGUGUUUAACUCUACUUGGAUUGAAUUCUGUUGAAAAAAUGUAAAAAAAAAUGUACCAACGAACAUUCAUUAUGAAAAAAAUUUUAAAAUC